AUGUCUCAGAAUCAUCCCUACCUCGGCCUUCAACUCCCCAGCAAUGCACCUUUCGAAUUAAAACCAUCACAUGGGAAAGGAUGGGGUGCUUUUGCCACAAGGAAAAUUGAGCGAGGGGCGAAGAUCCUGGAAGAGAAGCCACUCUUUGUUAUCCGGAAACAUCACGACGAGAUCACCGAAGAAGAUGUCCGGAAAACCUUUCAACAGUCGACACCUCGUGGGAAGCAACAGUUUCUUUCCCUCCGCGACAAUGCUGCCAGGCCUUUUUCAAGCAUGAACUACGCAUUCGCCGAGAACUCCUUCGCAUUAUCAGACAAUCCACCAAAACACGGGCUAUUCCUGAUUCACUCGCGCUUCAACCAUUCGUGUAUACCCAAUUGCAAUGUCCCAUCUACAAAUGGAGAGAUUAUUGCAAGUUUUGCAACUAGGGACAUUGUCGCGGGCGAGGAGAUCACUUUUUGUUACAAUACAGAUUUCGAGUGCAGGACCAGAGGUGACCGACAUCAAGUACUGCGCUUCACAUGCGAAUGCAAAGCCUGUCUACCCGGCACCCUUUUCCAACAACUCAGUGAUACGCGACGAACACUUAUUCGAGGGCUGCAGUACCUUACGUUAGGCCGCGAUUUGGAUGGACAGAGACAGGGUUCUGAAUCCCCAAUCAUUAUCGACUCCCAACUCAAGAAAGCAGCGGAAAAUCUCGCUAUCCAGGUUUCUGCUAGGUUAGUCUAUAACCUCUUGGUCAUGUCCCUACUAGACGAGGAGGAAUUGAUGAAUGAUUUCAUGAUCGGAAGAAUGUAUCCCGGCAUAUUGAUAUUGUCAACCUUGUUUAAAACCGAAGGCAAUGCGAGACUUGCCAGGCUUGCCAUGGAACAAAAGACUUGGCUGGAGAAGUUGUGUGUCGCUUUUAGACUCUGGGGACGAGGAGAUGUAGUAGACUAUGGCAUUGCAUUGCAAUUACGAAUGAUACACGGACCUUCGUAA